AUGUCAAAUACUUCCACAUCUGCUUCUGCGGUCGUGCUUGACAUGUUUACCGGUGUCUGUGGUGCGUCACACAUACUUACGCCGGUCGACAUAUCUUCAUCAGAAGGCCAAAGCAUUUUCAACGUGAUAGGCAGCAUGUUAGAGAGACAAGCAAACAGGCUAAGCGAGAUGAUAGCAAGCACGAUGGAGGAAGUGAGGACACUCGUGGAGGAAGAUGAUGACUCAUGGGCUAUGGAGAUCUCGCGAGGAGGCGGCGAAAUUCACAACAUCACUCAGUUCAUCAUGAAUUGCAUAGUAUCCAUGAUGAAUGCACACACUUCAACGCAAAACACUGCACCGAGCCACCACACUGAAAACCUUGGUGGCUUGAUCAAUGGCACAAUCAAUUAUCUCAAGGGUCUGCUCUUCACAAAAUCCGAGUCAUGCUCGGAUCAAAGCCUCAGGUACUUGUUCCUGCUCAACAAUACCUAUUUCGUAGCUCAUGUGGUGUCUGAGUCAUCAGGAUCUUCCAUUCCUCAGAUGAGGCACCUCACACUUAAACUUAAGAUUGAACGUAAGAACUACAUGAAUAGUUAUCUCGAUGUUUCUUGGGGACAUGUGCUCUCCUGCAUACCAAAAUCGAGAUUUCCUGGACCGAUCCAUUGUUGGAUCAACACCUCUUCACUGGCCAAAUUCGAGUCGUCAUUUCACAAAACGUACCAGACUCAGAAGUUGUGGAAGGUUCCAGACCCUCAGCUCAGAGAUGAGCUGAGGACAGUUAUCACCCAAAGAGUCGUUUCAGGGUACCGCAGCUACCUAGAGGAGCAUCCAGAGCUGGAGAAACAUGUUGGCCGCGAAAGCAGCAGUCCUGAAGUUUUGCAGGAGAUGUUGGGAGAGCUAUUUGAAGGCUGAAAACUGCUCGAGAUAUGUAACAGGGUCCCCCGACAAAUCAAAUGCUUAGUGAUGUUUCACCGUUGUAUUUGGAUUCUUUUUUCCUUGUUCCUUUUGUGGUGAAUUUGUAUUCUGAAUUCCGUUGGCAGCUUAAUAAGCGUCAGAUACUGUAUCAACUGGGCACCUGCUGCGGCUAUUUUAAAUUUGAUUUCAUGAUUCCAUUUC